AUGGACUACAUGAAAAAUGUUGGUAACAACUCUUGCAAUGAUGGACUUCUACUUAGAAUGGGCCUCAAUGAUAACAAAGGAAUGCAAGGUUUGGAUAAAGAGAAAAUCAAUAAAAUCAUCAUGGAAGCUACCAAGGGUUCUAGAUUUUAUGAAAAUGAACUUAAAAAAGAUCAACAAGUUAACCAACGAAUUGAUAAAAUGAUGCAGAUAAAAGAGAACAUUACAACACAACAGCUCUCAAAAGCACAGCUGCAGGUAGACAAACUUGUGGUAGAACUGGAACAGAGCCGUAACCUUAGCAAUACGAUUGUACACAUUGACAUGGAUGCCUUCUAUGCAGCUGUGGAAAUGAGAGACAAUCCAGAGCUGAAGGAGAAGCCGAUAGCAGUGGGAUCAAUGAGUAUGUUGUCUACCUCAAAUUACCACGCUAGGAGAUUUGGUGUACGUGCAGCCAUGCCCGGAUUUAUUGCUAAAAAGCUAUGUCCACAUCUAACUAUAGUACCAUUAAACUUUGAAAAAUACGGCCAAGUGAGUAAAGAGGUUAGAGAAAUACUGACCAAAUAUGAUCCCAAUUUUAUGCCUAUGGGCCUAGAUGAAGCCUAUCUGAACAUAACAGAGCACUUGGAAGAAAGAGUGAACUGGCCUGAAGAAAAGAGAAGAUUCUUUUAUAACACAGAAAGCACUAUGGAAAAAGGUAAAGAUUAUAUAAAUAUGUCUGCCAAAUCUAAUGACGAUGCAUACUCUUCUUCACCGGUACUGUUUGAAGAUAACACACCUCUAGUGGAUAACCACCCACAAAGACAUCAAUCAGUGGAAAAUUCAGUUGUCUUUGGAACAUCUGCAGAGGAGGUUGUGAAAGAAAUUCGCUUUAGGAUUGAGCAGAAAACUCAACUAACUGCUAGUGCAGGAAUAGCACCGAACACAAUGUUAGCAAAAAUGUGCAGUGAUUGUAAUAAACCUAAUGGGCAAUUCAGAAUUACUCCUGAGAGACAAGCAGUGCUAGACUUCCUGAAAGAUUUGCCCAUUAGAAAGGUGCCAGGUAUAGGGAAAGUAACAGAGAAGAUGUUAAAAGCCCUUGGAAUUGUGACUUGCUCAGAACUUUACCAGAAGAGGGCACUGCUUUCUCUCCUAUUUUCAGAAGCAUCUUGGCGUAAUUUCUUGGAUAUUUCCCUUGGUUUGGGUUCAACACAUUUGGAAAAGGAUGGAGAAAGAAAAAGUAUGAGCACUGAAAGAACAAUCAGUGAAGUAAACACCACAGAAGACCAGUACAGCUUGUGUCGAGAACUGUGCAGAGACCUUGCUCAAGACCUACAGAGAGAGGGACUUAAGGGUAAAACUGUUACGCUGAAGCUAAAGAAUGUGAACUUUGAAGUAAAAACAAGAGCUUCAACUGUGCUGUUUUCUGUUUCUACUGAGGAGGAAAUAUUUGCUGUUGCUAAAGAACUAUUAGGAACAGAAAUUGAUAGUGUUGCUCCUCACCCUUUACGGAUAAGACUUAUGGGUGUACGAGUAUCAGGAUUUCUAAGUGAAGAAGAGAAGAAGUACCAACAAAAAAGUAUUACGAGUUUCUUAAAAUCAGGAAAAGAAAUUGGUUUUCUUAGGUUUCAGGCAGGAAAGUCCAACCAAGAACAUUUCACAAAAAAUUCAGAAGCAUCUUCCAGAGGGAGUUUUUUUGAUAAAAAGCAAGCUGCGAGGCAACUAAACAAUGAGAAUCUUUCUCCAAAUGAAACUGAACGCAAGCAGCUCUUUCAUGUUUGGAAAUCAUCAGCAAGUUUUGUGGAAGAAACAAAGAAAGUCACAGACUUACAGAAUUCUAAUAUAUGUAAGAUCUUCACCUGCCCUGUUUGCUUUGAGGAACAAAGCAGCAAUAAUUUGGAGGAGCUUAAUAGGCAUAUUGAUGAGUGCCUCAAUGGGACUGUUGUUAAAGAUACCAUGGAAAUAUCCAAGAAUGGCAGUUCAAGAGAAAAUACCCUUAACUUUCUUCCACAGUUUAAAAAUGAAAAUAUUGAUGAAUUUAAAAAAAAUAAAAUAGACCAAUUAGCAGGAACAGACCAGUCUGCAAGUACAUCUCACAACUCUACUAGCAAUAGCACAGAAAAGUUCACUCGGGUAAUGUCUGAUAAAUCUCACAGAGAAACACAGCCUAGCAAUCUCAGUGAUACUGCUAGAAAUGUGUGUAUGAAACAGUGUCUUGUCCCCAAAAGAAUUUCACGAGACAAUGAAGACCAUUUUGAAAAGACCAAACAUACAGGAGAAACUAGUUCAUCGUGUUUCUUUGAAGCCAAAGAAGACAGUGUUCUUGUUUGCCCAGUUUGUAAUUCAGAACAGAAAACCACUAGUCUUGUGUCAUUUAACAGACAUGUGGAUGUCUGCUUAAAUAAAGGCCUUGUCCUGGAGCUGACAGAAAAAAAAGAUUCUCCUACUAAGACUUGUAAUAUGGUAAACUCAAACAGAGUUGGAGGUACAAGCAGAGGGCAGCAAUGCACAAACCCAUCACAAGGAACAAAAAGGUCUGGACUAACAACUUCACAGUCAGUAUCAAAAAGGGCCAAGUUGAACAAUUCCAAGCAUACAAUUGAAAUGUUUUUUAAAUGA